AUGGAAAAACACAACCUCACAGUGGUGACUGAAUUCAUCCUGACGGGCAUCACGGAGCGUCCUGAACUACAGGCCCCGUUGUUCGGAUUGUUCUUGGUAAUCUACAUGAGCUCAAUGGUCGGCAACUUGGGAAUGAUCAUCCUCAUCACAGUGGACUCCAGGCUACAAACGCCCAUGUACUUCUUUAUCAGACACCUGGCUAUCACAGAUCUUGGUUAUUCUACAGCUGUGGGACCCAAGAUGUUGGUAAAUUUUAUUGUAGAUCUAAACAUAAUCUCCUAUAAUCUUUGUGCUACACAGCUAGCUUUUUUUCUUGUGUUUAUAAUUAGUGAACUCUUUAUUCUGUCUGCAAUGUCCUAUGACCGCUAUGUGGCCAUCUGUAAGCCCCUGUUCUACACUGUCAUCAUGUCGCAAAGGGUGUGUCAUGUGCUGGUGGCAAUUCCCUAUUUGUACUGCACAUUUGUUUCUCUUCUAGUCACCAUAAAGAUUUUCACCUUGUCUUUCUGUGGCUACAACGUCAUCAGUCAUUUCUACUGUGACAGUCUCCCCUUGUUAUCUUUGAUCUGCUCAAACACACGUGAAAUUGAAAUGAUUAUUCUGGUCUUGGCAGCUUUUAAUUUGAUGUCUUCUCUACUGGUGGUCCUUGUGUCUUAUCUGCUCAUCCUCACAGCCAUUCUCAGGAUGAAGUCUGCUGAAGGCCAGCGCAAGGCUUUCUCCACCUGUGGGUCCCACCUGACAGUGGUCACUGUCUUCUAUGGCACUUUGAUAUUUAUGUAUGUGCAACCUCAGUCCAGUCACUCCUUUGACACUGAUAAAGUGGCUUCCAUCUUUUAUACCCUGAUUAUCCCCAUGUUAAAUCCAAUGAUAUACAGUUUGAGGAACAAAGAUGUAAAACAUGCAAUUCAAAGGACAUUAGAAAAGUUAUACAACAUACUGUCACAAAUAUUACAUACAAGAUGA